CGUAUAUCUUCUCCGACUAGCUUUGAUGUCUAGGUCACCGAUCGGAAUUCAUAAUCAUGUCACGAUUCCUCAUAUCUCAUUUCACGAGGAUAUCUUGCCUUCUGCUUGUACUAACGGUGGUGUUCUCACCAAAACACAUUCUGGACCGCUUUACUCAACGCCUGCACGACGCGCGACAGUAUCUACAGCGACAUCUCCCGCAAGCUCCAUGGGACGAGAUCCCUGGUCCAGAAAGCUAUGAUGCAGUUUAUCAAGUUCAGCUCUUCUCCCGGGACCCAGUCAUAUUAUACAUCAACGAUUUUCUGACCUCGUUCGAGAUCGAGCAUUUACUGCAGCUCAGCCAGGGACAUUAUGAAGUUUCGAAGGUGUAUCCAGGGGAAGAUCAUCACAUUGACACAGAGAGCCGUGCAUCGGACCUGGCCUUCUUCCAACGAGAUCCAAUUUACGAUCGAAUUGCGCGUAGAGCCAUGAAUAUCCAAGGUUGGCGGGGGCCGUUAGCAUUCUUUCAACCUCCAUACGUACAGAGAUACGAAGUCGGCGGAUUCUACAAGGAACACUAUGAUUGGGAUCCGGAAUACUCCCAAGGCAACCGGAUAACCACAUUUUUGGCUUACCUUUCCGACAACUGUACGGGAGGGGGCACGAACUUUCCACGAUUAGUACGGCCCCGGGAUAGAAGGUGGUGCAAUAUCAUCGAGUGUCCGCCCUCGAAUGGUUCGGGUAGUAGUGUCAAAGAUGUCACGUUCAAGCCAAGACUCGGCGCGGCCAUUUUCUGGGAGAAUAUGCAUCCGAACGGAAGUUUCAACGAGAAUGUUCUCCACUCCUCGCUCCCGGUUCUAUCAGGAGUGAAGUAUGGACUGAACAUGUUCACAUGGGAUCUGGGAUGGAGGGCACCUACGACGUAGGGAGGUUCGGACCUCUGACAUCCUUUUCCUGUUGCCGC